UUUUGCUUUCGAUGCUGGAAAUUUGAAGCUUUUGGUUGCUUUUUUAGCCUGAUCAAAGAUGAAGCGGUUGUUUAGGGAUUAGAAUUUUGGAUAGUUUGAUAAAUGCGUCUGUAAUUGUUGGAAAUUUGGUGUUAGUAUUUGAAUUUAGUAGAGAAACAAUGAGUGUAGUAGGGUUCGAUAUCGGGAACGAGAAUUGUGUUAUCUCUGUUGCUAAGCAACGCGGCAUUGAUGUGUUGUUGAACGAUGAAUCAAAGCGUGAGACACCUGCUGUUGUUUCCUUUGGAGACAAACAAAGGUUCAUGGGCUCAGCUGGGGCGGCUUCUGCGACGAUGAAUCCUAGGUCCACUAUUUUGCAGGUUAAGAGAUUGAUUGGUAGGAAGUUUAAUGAACCUGAUUUGGAGAAAGAGCUCAAGUUGUUCCCUUUCGAAACUUUCGAAAGCCCCGGUGGUGAAAUUUUGAUCCGGUUGCAGUUUAUGGGACAGGUUCAUGAGUUUACUCCUGUACAGAUUUUGGGGAUGUUGCUUUCACAUUUAAAGCAGAUUGCUGAGAAGAAUUUAGAAAUGCCUGUUUCGGAUUGUGUAAUUGGGAUUCCGUCUUACUUCACUGAUUUACAGAGGCGUGCUUAUCUGGAUGCGGCAGUGAUUGCUGGAUUGAAGCCAUUGAGAUUGUUUCAUGAUUGUACUGCCACUGCUCUUGGAUACGGGAUUUACAAGAAUGAUCUGUAUAACUCGGGCCCAGUUUAUACCGUCUUUGUGGAUGUUGGCCACUGUGACACACAGGUCUGUGUUGCAUCAUUUGAAUCUGGACAAAUGAAAAUCAUCUCUCAUGCUUUUGAUAGGAGCUUGGGAGGAAGAGACUUUGAUGAAGUUCUGUUCAAUCACUUUGCAUCUCAAUUUAAGGAGCAGUAUAACAUUGAUGUUCAUACAAAUAUAAAGGCGUCAGUCAGAUUGAGGGCAUCAUGUGAGAAGCUGAAGAAGGUCUUGAGUGCAAAUGCGGAAGCACCACUUAAUAUCGAGUGCUUGAUGGAUGAGAAAGAUGUAAGGGGUCUAAUCAAGAGAGAGGAGUUUGAGAAGCUUUCAUCUGACUUGUUAGAAAGGAUUACUGUCCCUUGUCGCAAGGUUUUGGCUGAUUCUGGUCUGACUCUGGAUAAAAUCAACUCAGUUGAGCUUGUUGGAUCAGGGUCUCGAACUCCGGCUAUUACAAGGAUUUUAACUUCUAUAUUUAACCAAGAACCUAGCCGUACAAUGAACGCUAGUGAGUGUGUGGCUCGUGGUUGUGCUCUUCAAUGUGCAAUGCUCAGUCCAGUAUUCCGUGUCAGAGAGUACGAGGUUCAAGAUUCUUUGCCUUUAUCUAUUGGACUCUCAUCUGACAAAGGUCCAAUUUGCACUCUUUCGAAUGGUGUGCUUUUCCCGAAAGGACACCCAUUUCCAAGUGUUAAGAUUCUUACUCUGCAUCGUACUGAUAUGUUCAAUAUGGAAGCUUUCUAUGUCAAUUCAAAUGAGUUACCUGGAUUAUCACCUCAACUCAAUACUUUUAUGAUUGGACCUAUCCAAUCCCACACAAAUACAGCUAAAGUGAAGGCCAGAGUUCAGCUAAAUCUUCACGGGAUUGUUAAAUUGGACUCGGCUGUGCUAAUAGAGGAUCAAAUGGAUAACUCUAUGACAAUCAAUGAUCCCCAUUUGACUUCAGAAGAGGUGGCAGAUAAAUCUGAUCAGAUGUCUUCUGGAGAGAACAUUUUUGAAGUCAAUGAUAAUGCAGAGUCAGAACCUCCAUCUGGUCUUAGUGCUGGUUUAACAAGAAAAGGAAGAGGUGUAAAAAGGUUGGAAAUCCCGAUUAGUGAGAGUAUAUGUGAUGGAAUGAGAAGGGAUGAGCUCAUUAAAGCUGAAGAGAAAGAACGCUGGUUGAUGCAACAGGACUUGAAGAUGGAGCAAACCAAAGAUAGGAAAAAUGCCCUCGAGUCUUACGUUUAUGAGAUGCGUGAUAAGAUUUUAAAUACAUACCGAAGCUUUGCCAAUGAGUCAGAGAGGGAAGAAGUUUCUAGAAAACUUCAGCAGACUGAAGACUGGCUUUAUGAGGAUGGAAUGGAUGAAUCUGAAAAUGUUUAUGUGGAGAAGCUUGAGGAUUUGAGAAAGCUUGUGGACCCUAUUGAAAAUCGGUAUAAAGAUGAAGAAGCUCGAGUACAAGCAAAAAGGGAUCUGCUAAAGUGUAUUGAAGAUAAUCGGACGGCAGCAGCAUCACUGCCAUCCAUUAAGAAAGAUGCGGUCAGUGAAGAGUGUAAUAAAGCGGAGAGGUGGUUAGAAGAGAAGUUCCGACAACAAGACUCCUUGCCCAAAGAUGUUGAUCCGAUAGUUUGGUCAAGUGAGAUCGAGAGAAAAGCAGAGGCUCUUGAAGCGACAUGCAAAUAUAUGAUUAGAUCCAAUGAUUCUACUUCAAGUAGGGAAGACAUGAACGAUUCUGAUACAAGGAGGCAAAUCUAAUGGCAUGCAGUAGGAUUGGUGCUGAUCUGCAUUGAUUUCUAACACCAAAGAGGCAAAGACAAACCAGCACAAAAGCAACUAAAUCAACUGCAAUCUUAAAUGCAAAGAUUUAUACAACUGGUUCAAAAUUGUUUGGGGUUUUUUUUAGUUCCAGUAGCAGCAGAAAGCAUAAAUCAACAUUGUUCAAGGUGAGCACUCAUUGUUUUUUAUUAUCAAGGUCAUCUUUGUUGAUGUUUGUUUGAUUAAAUGAAAAUGUUCAGAUGAUGCCCUUACAAUUCCCGUUACGCGUGGCUCACAUUAGCCCUUUCUUGUUCCAACUUCUGAACCUUUUGAUUGUUUUGGCCAUCACAUUAG